UUCGAGCGAGUUGUGAUUGUUGUUUGAAUAGGUACAACUUAUGAAUUUCUAGUAAUUUCUUAGUUAGUUAAUUAAAAAUGUCGAAUUAUACAGAUCUAGUGAGUAAAAUAGGAAAAGAUAGUUCACGGGCUGCAUGUAAAAAGUGCGGUUAUGCGGGACACCUUACGUUUCAGUGUCGAAACUUUAUAAAAGUAGAUCCAAAUAAAGAAAUAGUACUAGAUGUGAGUAGUACUAGUAGUGACAGUGGGCAAGAAUAUGCAACACCGCUACAGACUUUACGAGAAGCAGAACUGCGGCAGAAGUUAGAAGAGAAGUUCAAGAAGGCGAAAGAAAAGAAGAAAAGUAAGAAGAGAAAGAGAUCAAGAUCCUCCAGUACAUCAUCAAGUUCAUCAUCAUCAUCAGAUAGCAGUAGUUCACAUAAAAAGAAGAAAAAGAAAAAGAAAUCCAAAAAGUCAAAGAAGUCACACAAAGAGAAGAAAAAAAGUAAAAAAUAGUUAGCUGAAUGAGACUUGUAAAUCAAAUGUGUUCAAUCAUGAUGAAUUCUAUUACAUUUUUUAAUGAAAUACUA